AUGUUUAAGGAAGAAGAAGAAGAGGAAAAAGAAGAAGAAAAAGAAGAAAAAGAAGAAAAAGAAGGAAAAGAGGAAGGAAAAGGAGGAGGGGGAGGAGGAGGAAGAGGAGGAGAUGAAGAAGAAUUGCCGUCAACAGCCGAUGAAGGAGGAGGGAAUGAAGAGGAAAAAGAAGAAGAAACCUCCUCUUCUUGGUUAUAUUUCGAGGAGGUAACACUGUCUAUUAUACGGCAUGAUGAUGAAGAUAAAGAAGAAGAAGAAGAAAAAUGA